AUUGUAAUUCUUCAACAAAUACUUUUCCAGCAAUUCCAUCUUCUGAUAAAAAUGUAUCAAUGGCAGAUGAAGCAAUGAUUAUAGCAAUAGCUGAAUCUGCUUUUGCUGAAAUUCAUACACCAUCUUCACCAAUCAUUCAAAACAUUGUUAAUUCAUCCAUGAAUUCAUCUAUGGAAUCACCAUCGGUGAAUUCAUCUGUGAAUCCAUCUGUGAAUUCGUCUGUGAAUCAAAGGAUACACAAUUCUCACAAUUCAAUAGUAUAUUCACAACUUCCACCAACACCAACAGAAAUCGCCCAAUAUGAAAUAACACCACAAUAUUUGUUACCACCAACCGAAAAUUACGUAACUGUUGAUCCAAUUCUAUCUAGUGCACCAAACAAUACAUAUGUACAUAUGCAACAUUUUGGUACCAUAGAAACCAAUUCAAAGUCAUUCUUUCAUACUUCUUCACACAAUUUAGACACAUUUUUAGAUCCUCAACCAGUAGAUAAAUUUCAAUAUUUUGUUCAAGGAUUUGAAUCAGAUUCGGUAGAAAAUUAUCCUAAUGGAAAUGGUGGAAAUAAUGGAAACGGAGGAAAUGGAGGAACCGGUGCAUUAUUAGAAGAAUUGUUUAGUAGUAAUAAUACUGUUACAACUACUAGUACAACACCCGAUGAUGAUAUGGACGCUUAUUUUGAUGAACCUU